GCAGGCAGUUCGCCGCCGCCGUCCUUUCUGCCUCGCGGCGCCGCCGGAAGACCUGAGACUCCCAGGUCGAGCCCCGCAGACGCUCGGCCCUCGCACUCCUCCUCGGCUGCCCCGCGUCGACCCGGGAAGGCGGGCGGCGGGACCCGCCCUGGCCCCGAUGCGUCCCCGCGCGAGGCGGGGGGUUGCCGGUGGCCGCCGCUGCGGAAGGCUCCGGGGUGGCGCGCGCGGCCGGAACUCCUGUCCCUCGGGCCGCCCGUGUACCUGUCGCGAGGAGCGCUGGGCUGGUACAAUUUGGCCUCUUGAGAUUCUUCCUUAGCAAGAAAGAAGUGGGAAUAUUCUUGGAUGGAAAAUUGAAACAAUAAGAAAGCCCGAACUGAUUUUUACAUGGUUGUUAGUUCAUUUACCAAUAUGGACACUCUUCCCAACAAUUUUCUUCCUGGUGGAGAUGGUGGACUGACAAAUUCUCAAUCUGAAUUCCAAAAAAUGUUAAUUGAUGAAAGGUUACGAUGUGAACAUCAUAAAGCUAAUUAUCAGACUCUGAAAGCCGAACACACAAAGUUGCAAAAUGAGUACAUGAAGUUACAGAAUGAACUCAGACGCCUGUCAAAUGAAAAGCAAACUUACCAGGAAAAACUUCAGCUGAUGCUUGAAGAGCUAAGAGGAGAAUUAGUAGAGAAAGUUAAUCACUUAGAAGAGAUGAAGCAGCAGAUAUUAACUCCACAAAAAUUGGAAUUGUUAAGAGCCCAGAUACAGCAAGAAUUAGAAACUCCAAUGAGAGAGCGUUUUCAGAAUCUGGAUGAAGAAGUGGAAAAGUAUAGAGCUGACUAUAAUAAGCUUCGCUAUGAACAUACAUUUCUCAAAUCAGAAUUUGAACACCAGAAAGAAGAGUCGGCACGUAUUUUAGAAGAAGAAAAAAUAAAAUAUGAAUCAGAGAUCGCAAGGCUGGAGGAAGAUAAAGAAGAGCUGCGGCAACAGCUGUUUGCUGUUGACCCUACACGAGACAGCAAGCGAGCGGAGCAGCUUCUUCAGGAAAAAGUCCAUUUGUGUCAGAAAUUAAAAGACUUGACGGCUGAAGUGGCAGAAUUAAGGGCUGAAAAAGAGAAUUCUGGUGCUCAGAUAGAAAGUGUCCAAAGAAUACAGGUGCGCCAGUUGACUGAGAUGCAGGCGACCGUCAGAUCCCUGGAGGCUGAAAAACAGUCAGCCAAACUACAGACUGAACGCUUAGAAAAAGAGCUACAAUCAAGCAGUGAGCAAAAUACCUUGUUAAUCAAUCAAUUGCAUAAAGCUGAAAGAGAAAUAAGUACAUUGACCAGUAAAGUAAAAGAACUUAAACAUUCCAACAAACUAGAAAUAACAGACAUCAAACUGGAGGCAGCAAGAGCUAAGAGUGAGCUAGAAAGAGAAAGGAAUAAGAUUCAGAGUGAACUGGAUGGAUUACAGUCAGACAAUGAAAUUCUCAAAUCAGCUGUUGAACACCACAAAAUGCUCUUAGUAGAAAAGGAUCGUGAAUUAAUACGUAAAGUACAAGCUACUAGAGAAGAAGGUUACCAAAAACUUGUGGCAUUACAAGAUGAAAAGCUGGAACUUGAGAACAGAUUAGCAGAGUUAGAGAAUAUGAAAGUGGAACGUGAUGUCUGGAGGCAAUCUGAACGAGACCAGUGUGAGGAGAGGCUGAGGUCCAUGCAGAUGGCAGAGGAGUUGGCCAGAAAGGAGCUGCAGAGCCUGAGGUUAAAACUUCAACAACAAAUUGUGACUAUUGAAAAUGCAGAGAAAGAAAAACAUGAAAAUUCUGACCUAAAACAGCAAAUCAGUAGUUUGCAGAUCCAAGUGGCCUCACUUGCGCAGUCGGAGAGUGAGUUGCUGAAUUCAAACCAAAUGCUGAAGGAGACAGUGGAGAGGCUGAAACAAGAAUGCCGGAGCUCAAGGAGCCAGGCGGAGCAGGCGCAGCUGGGGGUCGAAAAGACAUUGGAAGAGAAGCAGAUCCAGUGGCUGGCAGAAAAGCAUCAGCUUCAUGAGCGUCUCGAGGAUAGAGAAGAGAAGUAUCAUCAGGUGAAGGAGAAGCUGCAGCGAGCUGCAAUCGCCCAGAAGAAGGCAGGUGGCUCUGGCUUGGGGUUUCUCUAG